AUGUGUGCGGUUGCCGACUCACCAGCACAGGCUCAUUUACUCUCUCUCCCUACCGAGAUUCUCGUCCGGAUACUUCCGUUUCUCGACGCCUCCUCGCUCAUGGCGCUGGCGCAGUGCUCUUCCGCGCUAAAGGCCGCCGUGUGUGUAGCUUGGCGAGCGCGAAUAUACCGGAAGACCGAGCGUCACGUCAGCGAUGCACCUUUGUUUUACGAUGUCCUGGAAGGCUUAUCUGGUGUCGUUUCCGGCUCUACCGCGCUGUCUGUGUUAUUCGGAGGCGAUGUCGACGAUGGCCUUCCGGAGUGGGCUACGGGGAGCGACUUGGACGUCUACGUUCCGACUUUAGACGCGCAGGUCACACUUCUUCAACAUUUACAAGAGCGUGAUGAAUAUAUGGAGGUACCUCUUGUGAGCGAGGUCGACGACAGGUACUGGGAGAAUCCAGCGGUCAUUGCGUCCGUCACACGGCUUGAAAGUCCUCGCUUUCAUGGGAACAUCGACGUCAUCUGCGCACGGGGCGGCUCCUCAAUUAUGCCCGUCGUAUCCUUUUGGAGCACACUCGUCAUGAACUUCAUUACGAGGUCGCGCCUCGUAGUGCUGUAUCCGCGCACGACGCUUCGACUGGAAGGGUAUUCCAACCCAUCGUCAGACCCCGCGAAAGUGCUCGCGUGCUCUCGCAAGUAUAGCGCGCGUGGCUUUACUCUCCACGACUUCCCUCACUCCCCCGAUGGGUGCGAAGGCGUUCGGGGUUACUGCCCUUCAAUGCUUCGUUAUACGGAAGACUCUCUAACUUUGACAAUACGUUGGAACGACGACGCGCCUGAACCGCUCGUUCAGGCCAGAUCCCCGGCUUUUGGAGAAGAGCGUUUUGUAGUACAGCCUGCCUUUUGGACUUGGGGGUCUUGCAAAGCCCAGACGGACUAUGCUUUCCCUGCGUACUCUAUGAGGCUCUUGUGA